UUUCACCUCGCAUCGUUCCUCUUCCUCUUCCUUUCUCACUGGAGAAGCGUAGUCCAAGAAGUUGAAAUCACUAGGUGGUAAAGGGGAUGGGGCUUACUUUUACGAGGCUUUUUAGCCGGCUCUUUGGAAAGAGGGAGAUGAGGAUUUUGAUGGUCGGACUGGAUGCGGCUGGAAAAACCACGAUCCUGUACAAGCUUAAGCUUGGAGAAGUCGUUACUACGAUCCCUACCGUUGGAUUCAAUGUGGAGACUGUGGAAUACAGGAACAUUAAUUUCACCGUUUGGGAUGUGGGUGGCCAAAGUAAGAUUAGACCGCUAUGGAGGUACUACUUCCAGAAUACCCAAGGACUCAUUUUUGUCGUUGACAGCAUCGACAGAGACCGUAUUAUGGAUGCCAGGGAUGAGCUGCACGUGAUACUAAAUGAGGAUGUGUUACGUGAUGCUUUGUUGCUUGUAUUUGCAAAUAAGCAAGAUCUACCAAAUGCAAUGAAUGUCGCUGAAAUUACUGAUAAGCUUGGUCUGCACUCUCUGAACAAGCGACACUGGUACAUACAGAGCACAUGUGCAACAUCUGGUGAUGGUUUGUAUGAGGGGCUGGAUUGGCUUUCCAGCAAACUUGCUAGCGAGGUUUGAAACUUGAUGUAAAUGGUGAUCUUGAUGCAUAACGUUGCUGUCCACUGUAGUACAACAGACAGUUGCUCAUGGUUUAAAAUAUUAUUAUUAUUAUUAUUAUUCUGCUUUUGUACAGUGUAAUAUAAAGUGAGAGCAUACAGUGAGAUCACAUUGGUUUCCUACAUUGUAAUAUUUCAUUGUUUGAUCGAAUAUACAGGUUAAAUGAAUAAUCAAAUUAGAUUCUUCUAA